CCCGCGGCUCCCCGCCGCCAUGUCCCUGAGCAAGAACCUGGUCCUGUCGCGGGCCAAGGCCUCGGACCUCGACAACGUCCGGAAGCUCAACUGCUGAUGCUGACUCACCCGCUGAGUUACUCCAGCAUUUUGUGUCUACCGGCGAUAUUGACUGUACAGCACAGGUUUAGCAGAUUAGCUGGAAGAGCAGCACCUGAAUGAACCUGUGAAUAAAUGCUUGGACAUGCUAGAAGAUGGGGUAGCAAUCUGAAGGAUCUGUCCGUAUUAAGGAACAUGCCCAACAUAGAAGUGAUUACCUUUAGUGUGAACAAUAUCUCUUCAUUGGUGGACUUCCAAUACUGUCAGAACAUCAGUGAGCUUUACCUCAGGAAGAACAACAUACAAAACCUGAUGGAGAUCUGCUAUCUGAAGGGACUGCACCGCUUAAGAGUACUGUGGCUGUCUGAAAACCCUUGCUGUGGCACAGAUCACCACAAAUAUAGAAUGACUGUUCUUCGGAACCUGCCACAACUGCAGAAGUUGGAUAACCAAGCGGUGACCGAGGAGGAGCUGACUCUGGCUUUAGAGGAUGGAGACGAGAUGGCUGCCUUGCCGGGCAAGGACUCUAUGGAGUCAACAAUCAACCUCUCGAGGAUGGAGUCUGGCAUGUCUGAACCAAGCAUUGAAAUGGAAAGCGAUCUCUUAAGCUUCAGAAUGGAGGAGACAAAUAAAAUCAGAGAAGAGCUGGGAAUGAAACUGCUGGGAAGAGACAAGUUUUCCUCCUCUGUUGCAUUAAAAGAAAUAAAUACAAGGAACAGCACCAGAAGGCGUACUUCCAACGUGCUGAGUGCUGUUCUGAUGCUGUUGAAAGAGCUGGAUGCCGAUGGGCUGCAGAUUGUGCAUAGGACAGCAGAACAUAAACUCCAAAUGCUGCACAGGAAGGAGACUGAACAGGAGAGAUGAGCACUACCGUUCUGGACACGGCGACUUGCAUCGCUUGUGGACACGGUUACAAAAAUUCAAUAGUUCCUCGCCAGGAGUUUAUACUGAAAGUACUCCUUUCAAGUACCCGCAAGUUACUUACCUGCAUCAACCCCUGUGGAGACCACCACCCCUUAUAAUCACUGAGGUUGGCCUGACGGGAGGAUCAGAAUUCACCAGUCGCAUGGGCAACGAUGUUUAGGUGGAAGAGGAGAGUUGUGCUGCUGUGUGUGAGUUAGCUUCGUAAUAAAAAAAAGAUUGGGUACGAGGGAAAAAUUGCAGAACCAUUUUAUCUAAAUUAACAUUUGCAAGAGAUUUAAUGGACAGCCCCUUUCAUGGAUUCAUGAUAGUAAGAUCCACAUAUAUUGAAAGCGGGGAGCAGGAAGAAAUAGUGAAUUCAAGUUGAAGUGUAUUUAAAAUGGUCAUGUAUAUUUGUUCUUAUCACUUUACACACGUUGAACUUUGCCAUCCAAUAUCCUGUGAUCUGAACUAGGUCUAGAAAUUGUAAGCUCACGUAUGGAGUUCCAUCUACCCAAUUACCUCUGGCUAUUCAGUGCACUAUUAAUGAUUUGGCAAAAUAGAUUAUUCAUUCCGCACAGGCCAGUGUUGCAUGAGUUACUGCUGCAUGUGGCUUUCACAUUACUCGAUCAAAAUAAAAUGAUUUUAGAUUCAAAA